GCAUUUCGCGAAAAAAACAAGCAGACGUAAUUUUUCACAGGGCGAGGCAUUGUGAAAAAAUCCAAUUGCACACAUUUUGAGGAGUAUUUAUCAACCGAAAGUAUUCGAGGGACAUGGGCGACUCCCUGGAGAACCCCGAUACAUCGGUGGAUCCGGUCGUGAACCUGUCCAUUGCGAAUUACGAUGCAUUUGCCAACUACCUUCGCAAGGCGGUGACCAUUUUGCUGCCGGAGGAGGAUGUGGUUCCCGCAUCGCUGAAUAACGCUCUGGACGAUCCCAUCAACCAGGACACCAUCCGGAAGUUCCUUUCCGAUCCCCAGGUGCAGGCGCUCUACGUCCAACGUAAUUGCAUCAAAGAGGACGAUACCGAGCAGCCGGCGGAGGGAGAGGAGGAAAAGGAGCAGGUAACCUACCAGAUCAGCAACGAUGUCCACUUUACCAACAGCCGGAUGGCCUCGCUGGCCUGCAUCAAGCGCGGCGUGGUGGUGGAGGCGGACAAGUCCAUCCAUUCGCAGCUGCGGCUGAUCAACUUCUCGGACGGAUCACCCUACGAGACGCUGCACGCGUUCAUCAGCAAGUCCCUGGCGCCCUACUUCAAGUCGUACGUGAAAGAGUCGGGACGCGCUGAUCGCGAUGGCGACAAGAUGGCUCCCUCCGUGGAGAAGAAGUUGGCCGAGUUGGAGAUGGGGCUGCUGCACCUGCAGCAGAACAUCGACAUACCGGAGAUCACGCUGACGGCCCACCAGACCGUCAACAAUGUGAUCCGCAAGUGCUCGGAGGAGAACCGCAAGGCCAAGGUGGCCGACUUUGGCGACAAGGUGGAGGACUCCUCCUUCCUGAACCAGCUGCAGACCGGCGUGAACCGCUGGAUCACCGAGAUCAAGAAGGUGACCAAGCUGAACCGAGAUCCCGGUUCGGGAACCGCUUUGCAGGAAAUCUCCUUCUGGCUGAAUCUGGAGCGUGCCCUGUAUCGCAUUCAGGAAAAGCGCGAGUCGCCAGAGGUGGCUCUCACCUUGGACAUUCUGAAGCAUGGAAAGCGUUUCCAUGCCACCGUUUCUUUUGACACGGAUACCGGCUUAAAACAGGCCCUGGCCACGGUAGCCGAUUACAAUCCCUUGAUGAAGGAUUUCCCGAUCAAUGAUCUGCUCAGCGCCACUGAGCUGGAGAAGAUUCGACCUGCCGUGCAGCAGAUCUUCUCGCAUCUGCGCAAGGUACGCAACACCAAGUACCCCAUCCAGCGGUGCCUCAAGCUCAUCGAGGCCAUCUCGCGGGAUCUGUCGCAGCAGCUGCUCAAGGUGCUGGGCACCCGGCGACUGAUGCACAUCCCUUUUGAUGAAUUCGAGCGCGUGAUGAACCAGUGCUUCGAGAUAUUCAGCUGCUGGGAUGAUGAGUACGACAAGCUGCAGGGAUUGCUGCGCGACAUUGUGAAGAAGAAGCGCGAUGAGCACCUCAAGAUGGUGUGGCGCGUCUCGCCGGCUCACAAGAAGCUGCAGACCCGCAUGGAGCACAUGCGCAAGUUCCGCCGUCAGCAUGAGCAGCUGCGCACCGUCAUCCUGCGCGUUCUGCGGCCCAACAAGCCCGCUGUUAGCGAUGACGUGAACGCCGCGGAAACCAAGCAACCUUACAGCUUGGAUGCUGCCGAUGCCAAUGCCAUCGAAGAGGUGAACCUGGCCUACGAGAACGUCAAGGAGGUGGACUGCCUGGACAUCACCAAGGAGGGAUCCGAGGCUUGGGAGGCGGCUGUCAAGCGAUAUGAGGAGAAAAUUGAUCGCGUGGAGACCCGCAUCACGGCGCAUCUACGCGACCAGCUUGGUACGGCCAAGAAUGCCAACGAGAUGUUCCGCAUCUUCUCGCGCUUCAAUGCACUUUUUGUGCGUCCGCACAUCCGUGGCGCCAUUAGGGAGUACCAAACGCAGCUGAUUCAGCGCGUAAAGGACGACAUCGAGGCGCUGCACGAGAAGUUCAAGGUGCAGUAUCCGCUGAGCAAGAGCUGUCGCUUGUCCUCGGUGCGCGAUCUGCCGCCGGUGGCUGGCUCCAUCAUCUGGGCCCGCCAGAUCGACAACCAGCUGACGAUGUACUUGAAGCGCGUCGAGGAUGUGCUCGGCAAGGGCUGGGAGACGCACAUCGAGGGCCAGAAGCUAAAGGCCGACGGCGAUAGCUUCCGAGCCAAGCUUUCCAUCUCGGAUGUGUUCCAUGACUGGGCCCGCAAGGUGCAGGAGCGCAACUUUGGCAGCACUGGACGCAUCUUUACCAUCGAGUCCACACGUUCUCGCAUUGGACGUGGUAAUGUGCUGCGUUUGAGGGUCAACUUUCUGCCGGAGAUUAUCACGCUGGCGAAGGAGGUGCGCAACAUCAAGAAUCUGGGAUUCAGAGUUCCACUGACCAUUGUGAACAAGGCGCAUCAGGCCAACCAGAUUUAUCCGUAUGCUAUUUCCCUAAUUGAGAGUGUUCGCACCUACGAACGCACUUUGGAGAAGCUUAAUAAUAGGAGUCUAGCACAAAAUUCAGUAUUCAAGAUUGAAGAUCGUGCUAGCAUUGUGCCACUCGUGGCAGGACUGCGUAAGGAUGUCCUAAACUUGGUGUCCGAGGGAAUCGGUCUUAUUUGGGAGUCCUACAAGCUGGAUCCUUAUGUUCUACGCCUGUCGGAGUGUGUGACCCAGUUCCAGGAGAAGGUCGAUGACUUGCUGGUUGUGGAGGAACAGCUGGAUGUGGACGUGCGCUCGCUGGAGACUUGUCCAUACAGUGCCGCCACGUUUGUGGAGAUUCUUUCCAAGAUUCAGCAUGCCGUGGACGACCUCUCGCUGCGUCAGUACUCCAACUUGAGCGUGUGGGUAACGCGACUGGACGAGGAGGUGGAGAAGAAGCUGGCCCACCGUUUGCAGGCGGGAAUCCAGGCCUGGUCGGAGGCCCUGACCGGCAACAAAAAGGAGGUGGACACCUCCAUGGACACCGAUGCGCCGGCCCAGCCCACGCACAAGCUGGGCGGAGAGCCGCAGAUUCAGAAUGCCGUGCACGAGAUUCGCAUCACCAACCAGCAGAUGUAUCUGUAUCCAUCCAUCGAGGAAGCCCGCUUCCAGAUAAUGCAGCAGUUCUUCGCCUGGCAGGCGAUCGUCACCUCGCAAGUGCGUCUGCAGAGCACCCGCUACCAGGUGGGCCUGGAGAAGCCCGUCUCGCAGACGUACCGCAACCUGUUGACCAAGCUGCCGGAGGGCAAGGUGCUGGAGAACGCCUACGGAGCCAUCGAGCACAAGGUGGGCGAGGUGCGCAACUACGUGGACGAGUGGCUGCGCUACCAGAGCCUGUGGGAUCUGCAGGCGGACAUGCUGUACGGCCGGUUGGGUGAGGAUGUGAACUUGUGGAUCAAGUGCUUGAACGACAUCAAGCAGUCGCGCACCACCUUCGACACGUCGGACACGCGGCGGGCGUACGGACCCAUCAUCAUUGACUACGCCAAGGUGCAGGCCAAGGUCACCCUGAAGUACGAUUCGUGGCACAAGGAGGCACUGGGCAAGUUUGGAACCCUGCUGGGCACCGAGAUGACCAGCUUCCACGGCAAGGUGUCCAAGUCGCGCACCGACCUGGAGAUGCAGAGCAUCGAGGCGGCCAGCACAUCGGAUGCGGUGAGCUUCAUCACCUACGUGCAGUCGCUGAAGAAGGACAUGAUUGCCUGGGACAAGCAGGUGGAGGUGUUCAGGGAGGCGCAGCGGAUUUUGGAGCGUCAACGCUUCCAGUUCCCCAACAACUGGCUGCAUGUGGACAACAUCGAGGGUGAGUGGUCGGCCUUCAACGAGAUCAUCAAGCGCAAGGACACGGCCAUCCAGACGCAGGUGGCCAGCCUGCAGGCCAAGAUCGUGGCCGAGGACAAGGCCGUGGAGACGCGCACCGUGGACUUCCUCAACGACUGGGAGAAGACCAAGCCCACGGGCGGCAAGAUCCGGCCGGACGAUGCGCUGCAGCAGCUGCAGAUCUUCGAGAGCAAGUACUCGCGCCUCAAGGAGGAGCGCGACAAUGUGGUCAAGGCCAAGGAGGCCCUGGAGCUGCAGGAGUCGGCGGUGCCGAACAACAGUGCCGAGCGCAUGAACGUGGCCCUCGAGGAGUUGCAGGACCUGCGCGGCGUCUGGAGCGAGCUCUCCAAGGUCUGGACCCAAAUCGACGAGACGCGCGAGAAGCCCUGGCUGUCGGUGCAGCCACGCAAGCUGCGCCAGCAGCUGGAGGCCAUGAUGGCCCAGCUGAAGGAGCUGCCCGCCCGCCUGCGCAUGUACGAGUCGUACGAGUACGUGAAGAAGCUGAUCCAGAGCUACAUCAAGGUGAACAUGCUGAUUGUGGAGCUCAAGUCGGAUGCCCUGAAGGAGCGCCACUGGAAGCAGCUGACCAAGCAGCUGCGCGUCAACUGGGUCAUCUCCGAUCUCUCGCUGGGCCAAGUGUGGGACGUGAAUCUGCAGAAGAACGAGGGCGUGGUCAAGGACAUCAUCCUGGUGGCCCAGGGCGAGAUGGCACUGGAGGAGUUCCUCAAGCAGGUGCGCGAGUCGUGGCAGAACUACGAGCUGGACCUGAUCAACUACCAGAACAAGUGCCGCAUCAUCCGCGGCUGGGACGAUCUGUUCAACAAGGUGAAGGAGCACAUCAACUCGGUGGCCGCCAUGAAGCUGUCGCCCUACUACAAGGUCUUCGAGGAGGAGGCCCUCACCUGGGAGGAGAAGCUGAACAGGAUCAACGCUCUGUUCGAUGUGUGGAUCGAUGUGCAGCGACGUUGGGUCUACUUGGAGGGCAUCUUCUCGGGCAGCGCCGACAUCAAGACACUCUUGCCGGUGGAAACCUCGCGCUUCCAGAGCAUCAGCUCCGAGUUCCUUGGCCUGAUGAAGAAGGUCACCAAAUCGCCAAAGGUCAUGGAUGUGCUCAACAUUCCCGCGGUGCAAAGAUCGCUGGAGCGUCUGGCCGAUUUGCUGGGCAAGAUCCAGAAGGCGCUGGGCGAGUAUCUGGAGCGCGAGAGAACCUCUUUCCCGCGCUUCUACUUCGUGGGAGACGAGGAUCUGCUGGAGAUCAUUGGCAACAGCAAGAACAUUGCCCGUCUGCAGAAGCAUUUCAAGAAAAUGUUUGCCGGCGUAGCUGCCAUUCUGUUGAACGAGGAGAACAACGUGAUUUUGGGUAUCUCAUCCCGCGAAGGCGAGGAGGUGCACUUCAUCAACCCAGUGUCCACGGUGGAGCAUCCCAAGAUCAACGAGUGGCUGUCGCUGGUGGAGAAGCAGAUGCGCUUCACCUUGGCCUCGCUUCUGGCCCAGGCUGUGCAGGAUAUCAAGCAGUUCCGCGAUGGCAAGAUCGAUCCACAGGCCUACAUGGAGUGGUGUGACAAAUACCAGGCGCAGAUUGUUGUCCUGGCCGCCCAGAUCCUCUGGUCGGAGGAUGUGGAGGCAGCCCUGCAGCAGGCCUCCGAGAACAACAACUCCAAGCCGAUGCAGCGUGUGCUGGGCAACGUGGAGAGCACUCUGAACGUGCUGGCCGACUCUGUGCUGCAGGAGCAGCCUCCGCUGCGUCGCCGCAAGCUGGAGCACCUGAUCAACGAGUUUGUGCACAAGCGAACGGUGACCAGAAGACUACUCAACAACGGCGUAACCUCGCCCAAGUCCUUCCAGUGGCUGUGCGAGAUGCGUUUCUACUUCGAUCCCCGGCAGACGGAGGUGCUGCAGCAGCUGACCAUCCACAUGGCCAAUGCCCGAUUCUUCUACGGAUUCGAGUACUUGGGUGUGCAGGAUCGCCUGGUGCAGACGCCACUCACGGAUCGCUGCUACCUGACCAUGACCCAGGCCCUGGAGUCGCGUCUGGGAGGCUCACCCUUCGGACCCGCGGGCACGGGUAAGACGGAGUCGGUCAAGGCGCUGGGCAACCAACUGGGACGCUUCGUGUUGGUCUUCAAUUGCGACGAGACCUUCGACUUCCAGGCCAUGGGCCGCAUCUUUGUGGGUCUCUGCCAGGUGGGAGCCUGGGGCUGCUUCGACGAGUUCAAUCGACUGGAGGAGCGCAUGCUGUCCGCCUGCUCGCAGCAGAUCCAGACCAUUCAGGAGGCGCUGAAGUACGAGAUGGACAGCAACAAGGAGAGCAUCACCGUCGAGCUGGUGGGCAAGCAGGUGCGCGUCUCGCCGGACAUGGCCAUCUUCAUCACCAUGAAUCCGGGCUAUGCCGGCCGCUCCAAUCUGCCGGACAAUCUGAAGAAGCUCUUCCGCUCGCUGGCCAUGACCACGCCGGAUCGCCAGCUCAUUGCCGAGGUUAUGCUGUUCUCGCAGGGCUUCCGUUCGGCCGAGAAGCUGGCCUGCAAGAUCGUGCCCUUCUUCAAGCUCUGCGACGAGCAGCUGUCCAACCAGAGCCACUACGACUUUGGGCUGCGUGCCCUCAAGUCCGUGCUCAUCUCGGCCGGCAAUGUGAAGCGGGAUCGCAUCAUGAAGAUCAAGGAGCAGAUGCGCCAACGUGGCGACGAGAACAUCGACGAGGCUUCGGUGGCCGAGAACCUGCCCGAGCAGGAGAUCCUCAUCCAGUCGGUGUGCGAGACCAUGGUGCCCAAGCUGGUGGCCGAGGACAUUCCUCUGCUGUUCUCCCUCCUCAGCGACGUCUUCCCCAACGUGGGCUACACGCGGGCGGAGAUGAAGGGUCUGAAGGAGGAGAUCCGCAAGGUGUGCCAGGAGGACUACCUGGUCUGUGGCGAGGGCGACGAGCAGGGCGCUGCCUGGAUGGAGAAGGGACUCGGCUCCACCUGGGUGGACAAAGUGCUGCAACUGUACCAGAUCUCCAACCUGAACCAUGGACUCAUGAUGGUGGGUCCAUCGGGAUCCGGCAAGUCCACCGCUUGGAAGACUCUCUUGAAGGCACUCGAACGCUUCGAGGGCGUCGAGGGCGUGGCCCAUGUGAUCGAUCCCAAGGCCAUUUCCAAGGAGGCGCUCUACGGUGUCCUGGAUCCGAACACGCGUGAGUGGACCGACGGCCUGUUCACCCACAUUCUGCGCAAGAUCAUCGACAAUGUGCGCGGCGAGAUCAACAAGCGGCAAUGGAUCAUCUUCGACGGCGACGUGGAUCCCGAGUGGGUGGAGAACCUCAACUCGGUGCUGGACGACAACAAGCUGCUCACCCUGCCCAACGGCGAGCGUCUCUCGCUGCCGCCCAACGUGCGUGUGAUGUUCGAGGUGCAGGACUUGAAGUUCGCCACCUUGGCCACCGUGUCGCGAUGCGGCAUGGUGUGGUUCUCGGAGGAUGUGCUCUCCACCGAGAUGAUAUUCGAGAACUAUCUGUCGCGUUUGCGCAGCAUUCCCCUGGAGGAUGGCGACGAGGACUUUGUGGGCGUCAUCAAGCCAUCGAAGGACAAGGAGGAGGAGGUGUCACCCUCGCUGCAGGUGCAGCGUGACAUUGCCAUGCUGCUGCUGCCCUUCUUCUCGGCCGAUGGCAUUGUGGUGCGCACCUUGGAGUACGCCAUGGACCAGGAGCACAUCAUGGACUUCACCCGCUUGCGGGCCCUCAGCUCCCUCUUCUCCAUGCUGAAUCAGGCGGCCCGCAAUGUGCUCACCUUCAAUGCACAGCAUCCGGACUUCCCCUGCUCCGCUGAUCAGCUGGAGCACUACAUACCCAAGGCAUUGGUCUACUCUGUGCUCUGGUCUUUUGCCGGCGAUGCCAAGCUCAAGGUGCGCACCGAUCUGGGUGACUUUGUGCGCAGUGUGACCACGGUGCCACUGCCAGGGGCAGCCGGUGCGCCGAUCAUCGACUUUGAGGUCAACAUGAGUGGCGAUUGGGUGCCGUGGAGCAACAAGGUGCCCGUGAUCGAGGUGGAGACCCACAAGGUGGCCUCUCCGGACAUUGUGGUGCCCACGCUGGACACUGUGCGCCACGAGUCGCUGCUCUACACGUGGCUGGCCGAGCACAAGCCCUUGGUGCUCUGUGGACCACCUGGUUCCGGCAAGACCAUGACGCUGUUCUCGGCCCUGCGCGCCCUGCCCGACAUGGAGGUGGUGGGCCUGAACUUCUCCUCGGCCACCACGCCGGAGCUGCUGCUGAAGACGUUCGACCACUACUGCGAGUACCGGAAGACGCCCAACGGCGUGGUCCUCUCGCCCGUGCAGAUUGGCAAGUGGCUGGUGCUGUUCUGCGAUGAGAUCAACCUGCCGGACAUGGACAGCUAUGGCACGCAGCGGGUGAUCUCGUUCCUGCGCCAACUGGUGGAGCACAAGGGCUUCUACAGGGCCAGCGACCAGGCGUGGGUCUCGCUGGAGCGCAUUCAGUUCGUGGGCGCCUGCAAUCCGCCCACUGAUCCCGGUCGCAAGCCGCUGUCGCAUCGCUUCCUGCGCCACGUGCCCAUCAUCUAUGUGGACUAUCCGGGCGAGACUUCGCUGAAGCAGAUCUACGGCACCUUCUCGCGCGCCAUGCUGCGCCUGAUGCCCGCACUUCGUGGCUAUGCGGAGCCACUGACCAACGCCAUGGUGGAGUUCUACUUGGCCUCGCAGGAUCGCUUCACGCAGGACAUGCAGCCGCACUACGUCUACUCGCCGCGUGAGAUGACCCGCUGGGUGCGCGGCAUUUGCGAGGCCAUCCGACCGCUGGACUCGCUGCCGGUGGAGGGACUGGUGCGCCUCUGGGCCCACGAGGCGCUGCGCCUGUUCCAGGACCGACUGGUGGACGACUCGGAGCGGAGGUGGACGAACGAGAACAUCGAUCUGGUGGGCCAGAAACACUUCCCCGGCAUCAACCAGGAGGAGGCGCUGCAGCGGCCGAUCCUCUACAGCAACUGGCUGAGCAAGGACUACAUGCCAGUGAAUCGCGAGGAGCUGCGCGACUAUGUGCGCGCCCGCCUGAAGGUCUUCUACGAGGAGGAGCUCGACGUGCCGCUCGUCCUCUUCGACGAGGUGCUCGACCAUGUGCUGCGCAUCGAUCGCAUCUUCCGCCAGCCGCAGGGUCACCUGCUGCUCAUCGGCGUGUCGGGAGCGGGCAAGACCACGCUAUCGCGCUUUGUGGCCUGGAUGAACGGGCUGUCCAUCUUCCAGAUCAAGGUGCACAACAAGUACACCGGCGAGGACUUUGACGAAGAUCUGCGCUCCGUGCUGCGCCGCUCGGGCUGCAAGGACGAGAAGAUCGCCUUCAUCCUGGACGAGUCGAAUGUGCUGGACUCGGGCUUCCUGGAGCGCAUGAACACGCUGCUGGCCAACGGCGAGGUGCCCGGCCUGUUCGAGGGCGACGAGUACACCACCCUGAUGACGCAGUGCAAGGAGGGCGCCCAGCGCGAGGGCCUCAUGCUGGACUCCAGCGACGAGCUGUACAAGUGGUUCACGCAGCAGGUGAUGCGCAACCUGCACGUGGUCUUCACCAUGAACCCCUCCACCGAUGGACUUAAGGAUCGCGCGGCCACCUCGCCGGCCCUGUUCAAUCGCUGUGUGCUCAACUGGUUCGGCGACUGGUCGGACUCGGCCCUGUUCCAGGUGGGCAAGGAGUUCACCACGCGCGUCGACCUGGAGAAGCCCAACUGGCAUGCCCCCGACUUCUUCCCCUCCGUCUGCCCCCUGGUGCCGGCCAAUCCCAGCCAUCGCGACGCGGUGAUCAACUCGUGUGUGUACGUCCACCAGACGCUGCACCAGGCCAACGCGCGGCUGGCCAAGCGUGGCGGCCGCACCAUGGCCGUGACGCCACGUCACUACCUCGACUUCAUCCACCACUUUGUCAAGCUGUACAACGAGAAGCGCAGUGAUCUGGAGGAACAGCAGCUGCAUCUCAACGUGGGUCUCAACAAGAUCGCCGAAACCGUGGAGCAGGUGGAGGAGAUGCAAAAGUCGCUGGCCGUCAAGAAGCAGGAGCUGCAGUCCAAGAACGAGGCCGCCAAUGCCAAGCUCAAGCAGAUGUUCCAGGACCAGCAGGAGGCGGAGAAGAAGAAGAUCCAGUCGCAGGAGAUCCAGAUCCGUCUGGCCGAUCAAACCGUGAAGAUCGAGGAGAAGCGCAAGGAUGUGAUGGCCGAUUUGGCCCAGGUGGAACCGGCCGUUAUCGAUGCCCAAGCAGCGGUCAAGUCGAUCCGCAAGCAACAGCUCGUUGAGGUGCGAACCAUGGCUAAUCCGCCGUCGGUGGUCAAAUUGGCUCUCGAAUCGAUUUGUUUGCUGCUGGGCGAAAAUGCGACCGAUUGGAAAUCGAUCCGGGCCGUGAUCAUGCGCGAAAAUUUCAUAAAUUCAAUUGUAUCUAACUUCGGUACCGAGAACAUAACCGACGAUGUGCGCGAGAAGAUGAAGUCCAAGUAUCUGAGCAAUCCGGACUAUAACUUUGAGAAGGUGAAUCGCGCCAGUAUGGCCUGUGGUCCCAUGGUGAAAUGGGCCAUUGCUCAGAUUGAGUACGCUGACAUGCUGAAGCGCGUGGAGCCGCUGCGCGAGGAGCUGCGCUCCCUGGAGGAGCAGGCCGAUGUCAAUCUGGCCAGUGCCAAGGAGACCAAGGACUUGGUGGAGCAGCUGGAGCGCAGCAUUGCCGCCUACAAGGAGGAGUACGCGCAGCUCAUUUCGCAGGCUCAGGCCAUCAAGACGGACCUGGAGAACGUCCAGGCCAAGGUGGAUCGCUCCAUUGCCCUGCUCAAGAGUCUGAACAUCGAGCGCGAGCGCUGGGAGUCCACCAGCGAGACCUUCAAGUCCCAGAUGUCCACCAUUGUGGGCGACGUGCUGCUCUCGGCCGCCUUCAUCGCCUACGGCGGCUACUUCGACCAGCACUAUCGGUUGAACCUCUUCACCACCUGGUCGCAGCACCUGCAGGCGGCCAGCAUUCAGUACCGGGCGGACAUCGCCCGCACCGAGUACCUGUCCAAUCCGGACGAGCGACUGCGCUGGCAGGCCAACGCCCUGCCCACCGAUGACCUGUGCACGGAGAACGCCAUCAUGCUGAAGCGCUUCAACCGCUAUCCGCUGAUCAUCGAUCCCUCGGGUCAGGCCACCACCUUCCUGCUCAACGAGUACGCGGGCAAGAAGAUCACGAAGACCUCCUUCCUGGACGACUCGUUCCGCAAGAACCUGGAGUCGGCGCUGCGCUUCGGCAAUCCGCUGCUGGUCCAGGAUGUCGAGAACUACGAUCCCAUACUCAAUCCGGUGCUGAAUCGCGAACUGCGACGCACUGGCGGUCGAGUGUUGAUCACCCUGGGCGAUCAGGACAUCGAUUUGUCGCCAUCGUUCGUCAUCUUCCUGUCCACACGUGAUCCCACUGUGGAAUUCCCGCCCGACAUCUGCUCCCGGGUGACGUUCGUGAACUUUACGGUGACGAGGAGCUCGCUGCAGUCGCAGUGCCUCAACCAGGUGCUCAAGGCCGAGCGGCCGGACAUCGACGAGAAGCGUUCCGAUCUGCUGAAGCUGCAGGGCGAGUUCCGGCUGCGACUGCGCCAGCUGGAGAAGAGCCUGCUGCAGGCGCUGAACGAUGCGAAGGGCAAGAUACUGGACGACGACUCGGUGAUCACCACGCUGGAGACGCUCAAGAAGGAGGCCUACGACAUCAACCAGAAGGUGGACGAGACGGACAAGGUGAUAGCCGAGAUCGAGACGGUGUCGCAGCAGUACCUUCCGCUCUCGGUGGCCUGCAGCAACAUCUACUUCACCAUGGACAGCCUCAACCAGGUGCACUUCCUCUACCAGUACUCGCUCAAGAUGUUCCUCGACAUCUUCUCCACGGUGCUCUACAACAACGCCAAGCUCGAGGGCCGCACCGAUCACUCCGAGCGCCUGGGCAUCGUCACUCGCGAUCUCUUCCAGGUCUGCUACGAGCGGGUGGCCCGCGGCAUGAUCCACAACGAUCGCCUCACCUUCGCCCUGCUCAUGUGCAAGAUCCAUUUGAAGGGCACCGCCGAGUCCAACCUCGAUGCCGAGUUCAACUUCUUCCUGCGCAGCCGCGAGGGUCUGCUGGCCAAUCCCACCCAGGUGGAUGGUCUCUCCGCCGAGCAGAUCGAGGGUGUCAACCGCCUGGCCACCCGGCUGCCCAUCUUCAGGCGGCUGCUCGAGAAGGUGCGCUCCAUGCCCGAGCUGGGUGCCUGGCUGCAGCAGAGCUCGCCGGAGCAGGUGGUGCCCCAGCUGUGGGACGAGUCCAAGGCCCUCACGCCCAUUGCCAGUUCCGUGCAUCAGCUGCUGCUCAUCCAGGCCUUCCGGCCGGAUCGCGUCAUUGCCGCCGCCCACAAUGUGGUGAACAGUGUGCUGGGCGAGGACUUCAUGCCCAAUGCCGAGCAGGAGCUGGACUUUGCCGCCGUGGUGGACAAGCAGCUGAACUGCAACACGCCGGCCCUGCUGUGCUCGGUGCCCGGCUUCGAUGCCUCCGGACGGGUGGACGACUUGGCCGCGGAGCAGAACAAGCAGAUAUCCAGCAUUGCCAUCGGCUCGGCCGAGGGAUUCAACCAGGCGGAGCGGGCCAUCAACAUGGCCUGCAAGACGGGUCGCUGGGUGCUGCUGAAGAACGUCCACCUGGCGCCCCAGUGGCUGGUGCAGCUGGAGAAGAAGAUGCACUCGCUGCAGCCGCACUCCGCCUUCCGGCUCUUCCUCACCAUGGAGAUUAAUCCCAAGGUGCCUGUCAACCUAUUGCGUGCUGGUCGCAUCUUUGUGUUCGAGCCACCGCCAGGCAUUCGGGCCAAUCUGCUGCGCACCUUCUCCACGGUGCCGGCGGCGCGCAUGAUGAAGACGCCCAGUGAGCGGGCACGUCUGUACUUCCUGCUCGCCUGGUUCCAUGCCAUCGUCCAGGAGCGACUGCGUUAUGUGCCCCUCGGAUGGGCCAAGAAGUACGAGUUCAACGAGUCGGAUCUGCGGGUCGCCUGCGACACACUGGACACGUGGAUCGACACCACGGCCAUGGGUCGCACCAAUCUGCCGCCGGAGAAGGUGCCCUGGGAUGCCCUGGUGACGCUGCUCUCGCAGUCCAUUUACGGCGGCAAGAUCGACAACGACUUCGACCAGCGCCUGCUGACCUCGUUCCUCAAGAAGCUCUUCACCGCCCGCAGCUUCGAGGCGGACUUCGCCCUGGUGGCCAACGUGGAUGGAGCCUCUGGGGGAUUGCGUCACAUCACCAUGCCCGAUGGCACGCGUCGCGAUCACUUCCUGAAGUGGAUCGAGAACCUCACGGACCGCCAGACGCCGUCGUGGCUCGGCCUGCCCAACAAUGCGGAGAAGGUGCUGCUGACCACACGCGGCACCGACCUGGUCAGCAAGCUGCUCAAGAUGCAGCAGCUGGAGGACGACGACGAGCUGGCCUACAGCGUGGAGGAUCAGUCGGAGCAGUCGGCAGCGGGACGCGGCGAGGAUGGACGCCCGUCGUGGAUGAAGGCGCUCCACAACUCGGCCACCGCCUGGCUGGAGCUGCUGCCGAAGAGCCUGCAGGUGCUCAAGCGAACGGUGGAGAACAUCAAGGAUCCGCUGUAUCGCUACUUCGAGCGCGAGGUGACCAGUGGGUCGCGGCUGCUGCAGACGGUAAUCCUGGACCUGCAGGACGUGGUGCUGAUCUGCCAGGGCGAGAAGAAGCAAACCAACCACCACCGUUCCAUGCUCUCCGAGCUGGUGCGCGGCAUCAUACCGAAGGGCUGGAAGCGGUACACCGUGCCCGCCGGCUGCACCGUCAUCCAGUGGAUCACCGACUUCAGCAACCGAGUGCAGCAGCUGCAGAAGGUGUCGCAGCUGGUGUCGCAGGCCGGCGCCAAGGAGCUGCAGGGAUUCCCCGUCUGGCUGGGCGGCCUCCUCAAUCCGGAGGCCUACAUCACGGCCACCCGGCAGUGUGUGGCCCAGGCGAACAGCUGGUCGCUGGAGGAGCUCGCCCUCGAGGUGACCAUCACGGAUGCGGGCCUCAAGACCGACCAGAAGGACUGCUGCUUCGGCGUCACAGGGCUGAAGCUGCAGGGCGCCCAGUGCAAGAACAACGAGCUGCUGCUGGCCUCCACCAUCAUGAUGGAUCUGCCCGUGACCAUCCUCAAGUGGAUGAAGAUCUCCUCGGAGCCGCGCAUCAGCAAGUUGACGUUGCCCGUUUACCUCAACUCCACCCGCACGGAGCUGCUCUUCACCGUGGACUUGGCCGUGGCCGCUGGACAGGAUUCGCACAGCUUCUACGAACGAGGCGUGGCAGUUCUGACCUCCACUGCCUUGAACUAAGGGCCCAUACUCUACUACACCACUAUAUACUACUCCCAGUAAUCCUUUAAUCAACUGCUUCUUGCGUUCAAAAUACUCCAAGUAUAACAAAGUUCUUAAAGUGUUUCAAAGAAAGUAUCUGUCUAACUAUCGGAUAUGAAUGCUUAUUUUAUACAUAAUUACUCAAUGAAUGAUUUAAAAUUAGUAAUCAUAACUAAUUUAUUACUUUGAAAGUGUUUAUUGAAGUCUAUUACAGUGAAAAUAAUAUUUAAAACGUUUAACGUUUAUCUUUCUCUUGCUCAUUAAAAGCUAAUGUUGUUUUGAGUAGUCUAUUCAUUUUUUAAAAGUGUUUAAUGAAGUCUAUUAAAUUAAAAAUAAUAUUUAAAACGUUUAUCUUGCUCCUGCUCACUAAAAUCUGUAAUUUUUUUGAGUAGUCUAUUAAUUAGAAAAUACUAUGCAAAACCUUAAAAAUUUAUACAUUUUUUUUAUUUUAACUUGCUUGCUUUUUGAAAUCCGUAACUAUUUUAUGAAUACCUUACUUAUUGAAAAGUCUGCUUAACCUAUAACCUUAAGGCUUCCCCAAAUAUAUUCAUACUUAUAGCAACCCCA